AUGACGAAUUAUUUAGACAGUUAUAAAAGUAUAUUUCUCGAUAUAAAACUACGAGACUUUUGGACUAUAUUCUCUUUAAUACAAGAUGAAAAACGACUUUCAUCUCAUCACAUCUUAAGUGAUAAUUUGAUUCAAUAUUGGUCGAAAAAAAAUCAUUACACAAAUCACUAUUAUUUACCAGUGUUAUGUGUUCGCACAGGUUUUGAUUUAUUUUUGCGUGCUAAUCAAUUUCCAGUGGACAGUGAAAUUAUUAUGUCUGCAAUAAAUAUUCCAUCUAUGAUAACAGUCGUGCAAUUUCAUCAAUUAAAUGUCAUACCAUGUGAUAUUGAUUUAGAUACGUUCGAAAUGAAUAUAAAUCGUGUUAAAUGUUUAAUAACGUCAAAAACAGUUGCUAUUGUUUAUGCGCAUAUUUAUGGAAGAUGUGCUGAUGUGUCUGAAUUAGUUGAUCUAGCGUAUGAAAAACAACUUUAUUUUAUUGAAGAUUGUGCUGAAAGCUUUUUUGGUUUUUGUUCAUGCGUAUCGGAAGAUAAAAGCUCUAAUCAGUCUGGUUUCGACAUGUAUUGUCCAACAAGAAUACACAGUGAAAAUGAACCAUCAUGUUAUAUGGGUCAUCCACGUUCUCAUUUAAUUUUAUAUAGUUUUGGCGUUUUAAAAUUCUGUACAGCACUCGGCGGUGGCCUCGUUAAAAUAUCGGAUCAUAACUUACACAGAAAAAUGUCUGAAAUUUAUCGUAGUGAUCCUAUUCAGAAUACUGACCAAUAUUUAUCAAAUGUAAAAAAAUAUUUUUAUUUAUAUUGGAUAUUAAAUGUUCCAUAUGUGAUUAAACCAUUAAUGUAUAUCAUACGUUUAUUCAAAUUAGAUCAUAUGGGUUAUGUUGUUAAUAAUUUGCGUGCCUUCUCGAAAGUUCCAAGCAAAGAAGAAUUAUUUCUUUCAUUACGUCGUCAACCAUGUCGCCCAUUACUUGCUUUUCUUUAUCAACGAUUUCAAGCAUAUGACUAUACACAGUUAGAUAUUCAAAGAGAACGAGCUUUCUAUGUUUUAAAUAAUUUAGUAAAAAUAUCAACUAUCCAGUUAAUUGGGAUGAAUUGUAAAUUAAAAAAUUUUUGGCUAUUCCCAUUAGUUGUUGCAAAACCAGAUUUAUUUGUUCAAAUUUUAUCAAAAAAUCAUAUCGAUGCAUAUCGUGGUACAACUCAAUUAAAUGUGAUAACAACGGUAUUAGCUGAUACUACCGAUAGCAUAGAUAAUUGUCACAAAUGUCCAAAUGCUGAAUAUUUAAUUGAGCACGUUAUUUAUUUACCUGUGCAUUGCCAUGUACCAAAGCAAGUCUUGAAAAAAUUGAUCAAUAUUGUUAGUAAAACAGCUCAACAAAUUGAACAAUAUCAUUUACGAUCUAAACUGUAA